CAACGAGCACUUAGCAAAUUCGUACAGCGAUCAUUGCGAGCUGACGGCGUAUUCAUCCUUCACCUCAUCUCGAAAAACGCCGGUGACAUCAUAACAACCGAUAUUAUCGCCACAUUGUGGGGGAAAUUCCUCGAAGAUGAGGCCAAGGAAAACGAGAAUGCUGAAGCACCAUCACUUGAGGAUGUUGAUGGGUUCAAGGAGCGACUCGAAAAGCAGCCACUUAAC